AUGCCUGGGACUAAGCGAUCCUCGAUUGCAUCCAAGAGGCUGCGCGCAGCUGGGGAGCGCAGUCGGGACUACGCCUACUACCUGGAACUGCCCCUCCUGCGGCACUCGCAGGAGUCGCCGCUGCCUUGCCGCGAGACACCUGCCGCCUUCGAGGCUGUCAAUUCGAGCUUUUCGGCUACAGUGCAUGCCCUCUUCGACGCUUUCCACGACUUUGAGAAGUUGAGCAAGACACACGAUGGCAACGAGUUCAUCCGCAAAGGGGGCCUCGAGCUUGAUCUUCACGUCGUCAACCAGUCAUUCGACCGCUCCCCGGGAGGCGUGCACCGUGUCUUCCACUCACGCCGUCUCUUCCUGCGCGAGCACGAAGAGGGCGAAGAGAUCAAUGACGAGUAUGCCGAUCAGGGGGGAGGCGAUGAAGAGCAGGAGCGCGAUACGGGCAUAUUCCCUACAGAGCCCCUACAGUACAAGAUCGAACCCCUCCUCUUGGCUUUUACCGCGGCGUUGAAGAGCAUGCCUGCUUUAGAGGGGGCAGAGCUUUUCACCUACCUGGCCUGGCAGCCUUCGCAGGAGAGGCAGCUCGAAUACGAAGGCAGCGACGAAAAGCCCUAUAACCGUGAAGAUCGAGCUAUCCAUAGAUGGGGUGUUGGAGCAUGGAGGCCAGGUGACAAUGUGACCCAGUUGUUUGACGCAUUGGACGGGGAGGACGGCAAGGUGGAGAUUAUGUGGAAGCCCUUCGAAUAUAUGAUCAUUAGGGACUGA